CGAGCGCAGCACACAGACCCGGGAUCUUCGUGCAGUUCAACGCAAACGCGAAUACGCGGGGUCGAGUCUGCCCGUCAUGACAGUCGGUUGACCAGAGCAGACAGACACACAGACAAUCAGUCAGCUGGACGCCUGUCAGACUGGACACACUCUGUCACUGUGCGCGCACACAGCUCCGGUGACAGCGCCUCCUGGACGCCGCUGUUGAAGCUUUUGUCUUCGAGGUGAAAUUUCAAGUGCAGGAUUGGCGUCUGGAGCUUCUGAAGGAAGAGUGCAGGAGGAGGGGAGAAAAAAAAGACUGAACCGGCUCAUGUUCAGCCACGACGCAGCAGCAGCGGCCAUCGCAGUGGCUACAUGAAGAGCUUGUGAACAUGCACGAGGGGAAGACUCUACCUUUCACUUCACUGACUUGCCCAGAUGCUUUGGCCCAAAGAAAGAUGGAAAGGAAUGGGAAGAACUUGAGCCAAGGCUGCUGCACAGCACCCAUUCAGUGAGCCAACGGGAGAUCCUGCACACGCCACGUCGCUGAGCCUCUCAACCUUCCCUUUUCACCUCUCGAUCUACAAGCGCCAUGACCUCUGAGCUGGAGAGUAGCCUGACCUCAAUGGACUGGCUCCCCCAGCUGAGCAUGAGGGCGGCCAUCCAGAAGGCAGACACAGGACACCACCACAGCUACCACCAUGGACACCACCACCACGGUCACCAUCAUGGCCAAGGGCUGGGCAAGAAAAUUGUUCAUCUGGAUCCGGGAACAACGCUAGAUCAGGAGGAGGCCGCACAGCACAGAGACGGUAAACCGCCAUACAGCUACGCCAGUCUCAUCACCUUUGCCAUCAAUGGCUCACCACGCAAACGGAUGACCCUAAGUGAGAUCUACCAGUGGAUCUGUGACAAUUUCCCCUACUACCGGGAGGCGGGCAGCGGGUGGAAGAAUUCUAUACGACACAACCUGUCCUUGAACAAGUGCUUUCUCAAAGUGCCUCGCUCCAAAGACGACCCUGGGAAAGGUUCCUACUGGGCCAUAGAUACUAAUCCUAAAGAAGACACAGUCCCCAGCAGGCCAAAGAAGAGACCGCGGUCUGGAGAAAGGCCUUCUCCUCUCCAGGGAACACAGGCAGGCGUGGAGCAGCAAAGUGCACAAUCACAGUUGCUCGUUGGAGAAAGAAUUGAGGCAUCUACUCCGUACAGCCUCGAGUCAGAGUCUCUGAGAAUGGACUGCAUCAUGUCAGGAGGGGCGUCUCCCACUCUGGCCAUCAACGCUGUAACCAACAAGGUAGCUCUGUACAACCCUGAGGUGGAGGGCAGUGAGAGUCCAGGGAGUCUGGGCGGCAGCCUGAGCAACAGUCUUUCAGAGCAGAGUUUGGCGUCUGUCAACCUCAACAACCUGAACACAGCCGUCAGCAGUGGCAGCAGCGUCCACAGCUACACACCAGUGAGUAACCACUCAGAACCUUCGUCCCAGUCCAUGAGCCAGCAGCCCACACAGCUUGCGCCGCCUCCCCAACAGCCCCAGUAUGGUUUGCCCGUCCCAGAGUCACGGGACAAGCAGCUCUGUUUCUCAGACUUCGAGGACCUCAGCGCUUCUUUCCGCAGUCUUUACAAGUGCGUCUUUGAGCAGUCUUUCUCGCAGCAAGCAGGGUUGAUGGGUAUCCCUGGUGACUCCAGUCAGCAGGCCCGGACCGCCUGCUCUUACCAGCACUCACCUAGUGCUGGAAGCAGCGGCGGGCUUCACCAUCAACACAACCACAGCCCAGCAUCACACCGCCCCCACCACACUCAGCAGCACCUCUCCCCUCACUCCACCCACGGCCAGCACCAAGCACACGGUCAGCACCGACAGCAACACUCUGCACAUUCCCAGCAGCACCUGUCUCUCUCUCACCAGACUCACACUGGACAGAACUGUCCCACAACAGGCAUUUCAUCUGACUGGUACCCUAACCUGGACUGGCUGAGGGAGAGCUGCCGCAUUGCUACUAGCUACAACUGGGCUGACGUGGACCUCUCUCCGUUUCAAGGUCUAAAGGAGAGCAUGCGGCAGGCUGAGCUCAACAACUGGUCACUGGACGCCGCCCAGAUGGCCGACCUCUGUUCCUCCAUUAACCAGUUCUUCACAGCCACAGGGGUCAUCCCCCCUCAGGGCGGCCCCCACCCACAAGCUCAGGUCCAACACCCAACGGCACCAGGGGCACCGCAGCACCCAGCUCAGCCGCACGGGGCCAUGCACCCUAAGGCAACCCAACACAACCAGCAUGGCCCACUUAUCAGCACGGGAAACAUGUACAUGGACUCAAGACAGAGCAUUUCCUCACUGAUGGGACCACCAGGAUAUCCCCACAUGCCUCCUAUGAGCAACACAGCUCCAACCAUGACAGGUCAUCACAGCCAGCUGAGCCAGCAACAACACACGCUUCCCCCAGGACACUUUCAGGUGAGACGCAUGCUCACAGCAGAUGACAUCCAGGACGACUUUGACUGGGACUCUAUUGUCUAAAUGGAGCCGUCGGUUGAACAGAGAGAUGAAAAGAGACACAGAGUCCUGCGAUGACAGGUAAGGUUAAGAAUUGGACCAACCUGCUCCUUUCACCAGUGUGAAAAUGGAAGACAAUCCAACAGAAAACAAAAGGGAAGUUUUUAUUUCUUGCUGGCCAUUUCUUUCUUGUUCCAGUGGUCGAUGACUCUAAAGACAAUCAUAAAAAAAAAAAUUUAAAAAAAAAUGAGACGUGAAUGGGACUGGACCAAUCCAAGUUGUAAACAAAGGAGCAGAUUCUUCUCUGAUUUGUCUCAUGUCGUGUCUCCCACAGCGCCAACAGGGUUACAAGUUGCCAAAGUGUUGCUGAAUCGUUUAGUCUGUGAAUUAUUUACAUUUUGUUAUUUGAUAUUUUGUGUAUCCUGCUGCAACUUGUGGUCGUAAAGAAAAUUCCACGACCUGCGCAUACGUAUGGAAAACCCUUGUCCUUCAUUGAAAGCUGAAAAUGUUUUAAACUAAUUUACAUUCAGCAGGUUAAAAUGAGCACAUCAGUUGGUUCUUGUGACAUUUAUUUGUCCACCUAUUUGGGCUUCAUUGUUGUUCUUCAGCUUCUGGUGAACACAAACUGUUUUUGCUUCCUCUACUUAAAAAAAAAAAGUUCUAUGCACCACAAUCAGUUUUUUCUCUAUCUUUGCUCUGUCACAACGGACAUUAAUCCUUUAUCCUUUACAACUUUUUUACAGUUUACUUUUAAAUGUCUCUUUGUGUGUGUGUGGAACUGUUCAUGGUGCCAUGUUCUCAGGGUGUUGCAUCUUGACAUCUUGAUUCUGCCAUUUACAUCUCUAUAUGUGAUGUGUGUUGUGCGAUGCUCUCAGCGAUCACUUCCUGUUGGCAAACAGCGAGCAUCCCAAUGAAAAGUGUUCAGCUCAUAAGCUAAACAAUGUGAAAUACUGUGGGUUUUUUUUUUUUUUAUGAGUAAUUCAAACAACAACCACUAACUGAAGUAAGGACGCGUCGCUGGCUGACUCUGUCAACAGUUGUGCAUCAUGUUCUGAGACGUUUCAUUUGUGGGGAAGUGCAUAUCACUUACAAGCAGGCAGAGAAGACUGCCUGUGAUUUCACAAGGCCUCAUUUUGGAGAAGACGAGCAGGUUUUUUUGCACAGGGAGAAAAAGAGAAAGGAAAUGGUUCAACAUUUAAUUUCUUUGUCUCAAAAGACAUUUAGCAAAAGAGCAACGACUAAGCAAAUGUUUAAAGUGUUCAACUUUAAUUUUUGUUUUGUUUUUUUUACCGUGAUGUUUAAUUUUGUCUGUGUGUACAAGUGUGUAUAGUCCUCUCUGAUUUGCUUUAGCCUACAGCUUCAUAUGGCUCAAAAAAUACACAUAAGAAACAAAUACUUUGUUUGUAUUAUGUAGGUAAACAGUGAGAUGACCUUAAAGUGCUCUUUGGUUUGGAAGCACUCGGUAAUUGUUUGGAUCGUCAAAUUAAGGUCUCACUAUAGAAAAAAAAAAAGGAAAAAUAGUCUUUAUUGUUGCCAUUAAAUGCUGUAUCACAUUGACCAGCAUAUAUAUGUAUAUAUACAGUAUAUAUACAUAUAUAUG